GUCCCUCGCCCCCCCUCCCCGCUGUGGGGUGCGGCUGCGCGGUGCGGGGGGGGGCGGGUCGGGAUGAGCGUGCUGCUGCCGAACAUGGCGGACUUCGACACAAUCUACGAGCUGGAGGAGGAAGAAGAUGAGGAAGAGGAGGAGGAGUCCGAGUCGGUGGUACGGAGCCAGGAGCUGCCCCGGCCCCGCGACGCGCCCGAUCCCGUAGCGGUACGGGGUGCUGGGCACAUCACCGUGUUUGGCUUGAGCAACAAGUUUGAUACAGAAUUUCCUUCUGUUCUGACAGGGAAGGUUGCCCCAGAGGAAUUCAAGACCAGCAUCAGCCGUGUGAAUGCCUGUUUGAGGAAGAGUCUCCCUGUCAAUGUGAAGUGGCUGCUGUGCGGCUGCCUGUGCUGCUGCUGCACGCUGGGCUGCAGCCUCUGGCCCGUGGUCUGUCUUAAUAAAAGAACUAGAAGAUCAAUUCAGAAGUUAUUAGAAUGGGAAAACAACAGACUAUAUCAUAAGCUUGGUUUGCACUGGAAGCUGAGUAAAAGGAAAUGUGAAACUAGCAAUAUGAUGGAAUAUGUAAUAUUAAUAGAGUUCUUACCAAAAUAUCCCAUAUUCCGACCUGACUGAGGAACAGCGUUUGAUGUCUUAUGUUACCUGUCAUUUUCUACCCUUAGUGCCUUGCAGAUGAUUUUGGAAAGAAGAUUGUCUACUUUGCUGUGACUUAAAAAUGUUCUUCAGUAGAAUAUCUUCCUUGCUAUUUUACUUUCUUUUGUUAAGAAGAGAACAAUUUGCACAUUUUUUUUAUGUUAACUGAGGCGUCUACGUUGCACUCUGAAAUUUUGACAUUAACUGAUAUAGUUGCCACUAGGGAUCUAACGUCAGUGCUGCUUAAACUUGUUCUGAGCAUGCUGCCUUAUUGAUUUCUAUACUUGCCGUUGUCAAACACGCAUCCUAAUACCGUGUCAUACUGUAUUCCAUUCUGUAUGUUGCAGUCUUAUAAACCCUCAGUAGAAAUGUCCAGGUAAGCGUCUAUUAGUAAUGAUUUCAGUAUAACUUGCUUGCAUAGGACUUGCAAUCAACAGCACUGGUUUUGUCCUGCAUUUUGCAAAAUCAUCAUUUACAUUAGGGGUUAAUUAUUUUACCCACUCUGGAUUUGUAAAUAUUGUCUCUUUGCAUAAUGUACAGUGUGGUAUGCCAGGGUUUACAGAACGUACUGUAGCUCUUACUUUGUUGCCAACAGCCUGACGUUGUUUGGUUCAUCAUAUUUGCUGGCACCCCCUGACUGUACAGACCCCUUCACCUGCCAGUUUCAUGGUAAAGCCAUAUCGAGUUUGUACAUACUACCAGAUGUGUAGGGCGCAGUUGCACUUUGUUUAGUAAACAGAUGAAAAAUGCAUAGCAUUUCUGUCUUUUUUUUGAGUAUUUCAGGUGUUUGUAGCACCUGGAACAGGAAACCUGACUACAGUUCACCUUUGAUAAAGCUGCAUCUGUGGGUAGAUGGCAGCUGUUGUUAGCAAAGUAUCCUACAGCUCCUUUUUGAGUUAGGAAUAUCUGGAUGUCAAGUUUUGGUUUUAGGUAAGGAAAAAAAAAAUUUCAUAAUUGGAGACCUUCAUUACUAAGGAGAGAAGUUGGGAACAGGCAAAUAAAAGCGGAAAUAACACUUUGGUUGGUUUUGUAGUGUGUAGCGCUUCAGCAUUGUAACAGUUGAGUGACGGCAUCCUUCCCGGUGGGAAUACACAUUCUCUAAGUCAGAGUGGUUCUCCAGAAGCUGCUGAUGGGAGGAUGCAGACAGUUUCAUGCCUGUUUGGGUGCUCAUGCACAAUCUGCUUUGCGGAAUUCACAACGGUUUUUAGAUUCCUCCCCGUUUACCUGAUCUCUGUGAGGGAAGUAAUUGCAGAAAAGCCUCUUGUAGUGGCAGGCUGGAGCAAGACCACUUGAGAAUAGUAAGCAAAUUGCUGCAAGUUCCCUCCCUUUGCUAACUAGAAAUAAGAAAUCAGAAAAGAAAGAGCAGUAGACUUAAGUAUCUGCAAGGUGUGAGGAAUAUCAUUCACCUAAGUGUCCAGGCAUUUCUUUGCAGCAGGUUGACUCCUUGCCACACCAUCCCAAGUUGCUUUCUACUUUCAGAGUUACUUGGGAUUUCCUCUGAAUGUAUUUGCAUCUUUUCAGUGUGCAAUAUUGUAUUAAAAUGCAGUAUUUAUAAGACUGUUGCAUUCUAAUAACUGUCAUAGGCCAGAUUCCUGGUAUGCAGUGUUACAGAGGGCCAGUUUUAAUGCGAGUUGUGACUUGGAAUCAAAGUCCAUGCUGCUCAUGGACGGCUGAGGGGAGUCAGCCUCCAGCACUUGCAGAGGUUACCAAUCACAAACUGAUGCUUCAAGUUCUGAAAUCUGUGUACGUAGUGCAGAGGUUUCAUUUGGUGACACCUAAGUGCGUAAUUGCAUUUGUAACUUAAUAAAAAACUAGUUGCUUGAAUUUAACAUUAGCUACACCUUGCAACUCAGAUUUCCAUCACAGAACCAAGCAAGGUGUUCUUGCCAAUUUAUUUUUUUUGGGGGGAUAGUGUUAACUUGAAGCAGAGAAAACACUUCAUGGCAUAAAAAUACACUGUAAACUCAAACCAAAAUAGCACACCCAAUCCUGUGUAUUGCCCUUACAAAUAAAUUUCUGUAGUAAGUGUAGAGGGAGCUCAGCUGAAUUAACAGAGCAAUGGGAGUUUCUAACUGUCAUGCCAGAACUUCGCUAGUAAUUUUCUUUUCUUUUGUGGAAGAACUCAAGAAAUCUCAGCAGGUUCUUGUUUUCUUCCUUAUGUGACUGUAUUUUCAAAGUGUUCUUUUCCAACUGAGAGAGCAGGCAUGCUGAAGGAAAGCUCUAGUGAUUGCCAACAGUGAGUGCUGAGCAGACGGCAGUCUCGCUGCUAAAAGAAAUCCUUUGCGGUCUGUGCUGACUUUAUGGUGUUCGACUAAGCCUUUCUCCCUCAGACCUGCCAUGUUUCUACAAGGUGCUGUGCCAAGCUGAGAGAACACCCAGAGCUCCAGGAGAUCCCAACCCCCCAUGCUGUAGCGUGACCAGAGGUAUGCAGCACAACAGGGUUGUGCCUUGGCUUUCCCACCCUCAACCCUUCUUUGUCCCCUUCCCCUGAGCCUGAUCACAUCCAGUGCCGCUGCCGAUUAUCUGUCCCGGGUCUCUCCCAGGCGCCACAAGGGACUCAGGCACAGGAUGUUAGUUUUCAAAGUUUACAUUUUAAGUAUGUAAAUUCUAUAUGUUUUACUUUGGUUUUAAUUGUUAAUUGUGUAGUCUUCAAACCAUGCAAGGGUCUCUUCUCUUUGUGCUUUAAAAGACAUUUAAAUUGGUGACAGUAAAGCAAGUAGUGAAGAGUAUGAGAGCCAAACCUACCAUUUACAGUAAGCUCCAUGCUUUAGGAAGUAGAUAAUUUGCAUUACAGUGCAAAGCCAACAGACAGUAUUAUAUUUGCAUCUGACAGACAGCGGUUCGGUAGCUCUUGUAAUGGUUAAGGCAGCUGUUAGUGCUGCUGCAAACUGUGGACUUCUGUGCUGCCUACAGGUUCUUCUUGGCCUGGGAUACCCUUUGCUUUAAGAGAAAACCAUUCAGCAGUUAAUUGUAUCUCACAAGGCUGACAAAUUUCAUUUUGACAAUAAGAAGUCAGCAUGAAUUGGUAAACCAGUUUAUAGACAAUACUUGUUAAUGAGAGAAUUUGUAGCCAUCUAUUAGAGAUUAAUGUUAGCAAAGUAGUGGAAGUAGGAAAGGAAGCGCCUUGCCUGUUUCCAACAAAGGAGAAAGCAGUGUGCACAGACUGAGGAGAAAAGGGAAAAAUAAUUAUCCAGUGUGAGUUUGCAGCAGGUUUUUAAAAGCAGUUACUGGCUACCAAAUCAGUGUUUAAUUUUUGAUACAAACAUGCUGACACUAUCUCUUAUUUUUAUCUAGGAGGUAUUUGGGCUUGUAUCUAGUAAGGUUUAGUAUUAAAGGAUGUAUUAAAGUACUAAAGGAUAUGAGCAGAGCAGCAGAGCUCUUGGCUGCUGAUUCCCCACCUGCAUUGUGAAGUUGUUUUGCCAUAGGAGGACAAAAGCAGUAUUCUAAGGCAUGCACAGACAAGUCUAGGAAGUGGGUAUUUGUAGGUGUGGGGCUUUAAAAUAGAAAAUAUUUUUGCUAAAUCUGGUGCGGUCUUGAUUAAAAAAACAGUUCCUGUGCUUUCCUUGAUAGGUACAAAACUUCACAUGCAAACCCAUGAAUAUGUGUUUGGUACAGUUUAUCACAUUGUUUGUCAACACACUACCAUUGGAGCAAUAAAAAUUUCAAGCUAUUAAAAUUCAAUGUAAAUAGUUUCUCAUUUUAGUAACUGAUGUUAUGUGAUUCUUCUGCCUUUCCUUUGUUUUCUGCUGUUGGUGUUCUGACAGUAAUGUAACAUUACUUGUACUGCCUAAGAAAAGUGGGAUUGUUUCAGCUGUAUGAAACUGUGUUCAUAACUCUUUCUGUUUACAAGUGAACUGCCGCUUUUCUAAUGGAACCUCACAUCAGGAGAGUUUUGGGUUUUUUUUUAAAUUAAAAUAAAACGCUAACAGAGCUCGCUUUCUACAAUUGACUGCACUGCUUGUGCCAUUAAAAGAAGCUGGAAGUCAGACACGUUUAAUCACUCUGAGAUGUUUUUCUUUAAAUCUAAAAAUAAAAACCUUUGAAUAGU